AUGUCAUCAUCGGAACCCGAAAAGCUCGACGCCGCCCAGGCCCCUGCUGCCGAGGCCACUUCCCCCGCGCCAGCUCCCACCGAGCCCGGCACUGAGCCCGGCACUGAGCCCGGCACUGAGCCCGGCACUGAGCCCUCUGAUGAGCCGGCCGAGUCGGUCGCCGAGACCAGCUCCGUGGCCGCUACCGACGACCACGAGCACGAACACGACACGGAGCACGCCCCUGAGACGGCGUCCGAGGCGGCGUCCGAGCACACCGCCGACGCGACUGCGGCGUCAGUAGCCUCCCACGAGGCCGCUUCCGAGGACGUUGCUUCCGAGGGCGCCGCGUCCGUCACUCCCGUUCAGUCCCCCGCUUCGGAGAAGCCCCCUGCGUCAGUGUCCUCACCGGGGAAGUCCGAGAAGAGCUCGCCUGGGAAGAGCGAAACGACAGCAGCAGCGGCAACGGCGAAGAAGACGACCGGGACCCCUGCGAAGCCCGGAUCGACCGUGGGUACUACUCGCAAAGUGAGUGGUGCUCUCGCGAGCAAGACCGCUGCAACAAGGACGCCGUCUACGGCCAGCAAGACGACGGCUGCUACUACCCGCCCUGGCACGGCCACCUCGACCACGGCUGCUGCCAAGCGCCCCGGCACUGCCGCGUCAUCGACUACACACCGCUCGCAGCCGUCUGUGUCCGAGGAUGAGAAGGCCAAGCGGCAGUCCAUGUCGCUCUCCAGCGCCUCGCGCCGGACCUCGACCAUCCUCAGCAGCACCAAGGCUGCUGCCUCCCCCAGCAGCAAGGCCCAAACUAGUCCAACAACCCCGACUGCGCGCAAGCCCUCGAGCACGCUGAGCUCCGUCUCCUCCAGAACAGCAGCUACCACCACCACGCGGACAACCUCUUCGGCCGCGUCCUCUCCUGCCACAGCCAGCCGUACUACGGCUUCCUCCAGGCCGUCUACAACCUCCAGCACUACCACCGACGCCAAGACAAAGCGUCUGUCGACUGUCAGCAGCAGCAUCAGCAGCGCGGCACGACACGCCGCGCGUCCCUCCCUCUCUGGUACAACCUCCUCUACUGCGGCGGCGGCUGCUGCUGCUGCCGCCGCCGCCGCUGAAUCGGCCAAGGAAGUCGAGGAGCUCAAAGCCAAGCUCCUCAGCAGUGAGGCCGAGAUUGCAGAUCUCAAAGCUCAGAUCGCCUCGUCGCAAGAGAAGAUUUCCGACCUGACGGAAAAGGCUGCCGCGGCGCAUGCUGAAUUGCCUGAAGGUGCCAUUGAUAAGGAGGCGCUGGAGGGACUCAAGAGCGAGCAUGCUGCCGAGAUUGAGAACCUCAAGGCACAGGUAGCCGCCGUGCAGGAGAAGCUUGCUCAAGCAGAGGCCGAGGUUGAGAAGACCAGGGCUCAGUUGGCGGAGGUGACGAAGGUGAAGGAGGAUGCGGAGGGGAGGUUGGCUGAGGUCAAGGCGCAGUUGGAGGCAGUGCAGGCCGAGAGGGAAGCUCAGAUUGAGGAGCUGAAGAAGGGGUAUGAGAAGGAGGUUGAGGAGCUGAAGGCCAAGCAUGCUGAGGAACUGCAGGGCGGUAGCAGUGAUAAGGAGAGGGAAAUGAAGGAGUUGAAGGAAGGGUUUGCGAGCGAGGUGGCGGAAUUGCAGAAGAAGAUGGAGGAGUUAAAGAUCGAGAAGGAGAAGGAGCUGGAGGAGAAGCUUGCUGCCGAGGACGCGGCGGCUAAGGAAAAGGUUUCUGGCCUGGAGGCCGAGAUUGAGGCACUUAAGGCUAAGCUUGAUGAGGCCGAGAAGGCUGCUGAGGUGGCUAAGGCCGAGCUCGAGGCUAAGAGUGCUACGCUGGCUGAUCUAGAAUCUAAGGUCUCCGGUCUGGAGGUCGAGCUUGCCGCGGCCAAGGAGGAGGUCGCCAAGGCGACGGCCACGCAUGCCGACCUGCAGAAGCUGAUUGAUAGCUUGACGGAGGAGGGCAAGGCUAAGGAUGCCGCGAUCGCCAAGCUCAAGGAGGAGAACGAGGUCGCCAACGAGCACCAUCAGAAGCAGCUGAAGGAGAUCAGCCAGGAUUACGAGAACGAGAUCGAGAGCCUGCGUGGCGAUGCCUUCUUUAAGCGCAAGUUUGAGGAGCUCAGCCGUCAGCACGAGGACUUGACUAAGGAGAAGGAGGAGAUUGUCAAGGCUCUGGAGGAGGCGAAGGCCCAGCAUGAGCAGGCUGUCAAGGCCCUUGAGGCCAAGGAGGCUGAACAUCAACAGAUCCUGGAGGCUCUUAGGGCUAGCCAUGCCUCGGAGCUGGCUGCCGCCAAGGACGCUAGCGCCGAUGAGAUCAAGGCGCUUAAGGAGAGCCACGCCGGGGAGAUCGAGACGCUCAAGUCUGAGAGCGAGAGCAAGCUGGCGAAGGAGCUCGAGGCCCUGAAGGCUAGCCAUAAUACCGCGCUGGAGGAGAUCCUCGCCAAGCAUGCCCAGGAACUGGCGGCCGCCAGGACCGAGGGCGAUGAUACCCGCGAGAAGCUGCUGGAGCAAGUCCGCGCCGAGCUAGAGGCCAAGCGCGCGGAGGAAGUUGGUCGCCUGACGGCCGAGAUCGAGACGCUUUCCAAGCUGAAUGCUGAGCUUGAGGCAAAGCAUGCCCAGGAGCUGGAGCAUCUAGAGCAGCUGAAGUCUGAUCUGGGCGAGGUUUCGGAUAUGAAGCAGCAGCUGGAGGUCAAGUACGCGGAGGAAGUCUCCAAGUUGACGACCGAGCUACAAGAGGCUAGUGGCGCCAACAAGACCCUGCAGGAUCAGCAUGCUGCGGAGGUUGCCGCGCUGAAGGCUGGCUUCGAGGAGAAGCUUGCCGAUGCAGAGGCCAAGCAUACCCAGGCCCUGGCCGAUCUGCGGAAGCAGCUCGAGGACGCCCACAGUUCCGAAGUCGAGAAGCUUGUCUCGGUCCAUGCUGAGGCACAGCAGGCCGCGCAAGCAGCGACCGACGCCCUCAAAGCCGAGCACGCGCGCACCCUCGAAGAACUCAGCGCCAAGGUAGCCGCGGCCCAAGACGAGAUCUCUCGCCUAGUCGAAGCCAAAGAAGAGGUCGAAAAGGCCAAGGCCGCCGCCGAGGCCGCCCUCGCCGAGCUUAGGGAGAAGUACGCCAAGAGCGAGGAGGAGCUGGACGCUGUCAGCCAGCAGCUGGCGCACGAGAAGAUGGAGAAGUUCACUGCACAGGCGGAGCUUGACGCGCUCAAGAAUGCCAAGCAGGAUACCACGGAACUGGACAGCCUCAGGGAGAGGGUGGCUAAGAUUAGUGAGGAGAGGGAGAGAGAGGUGAAGGAGCUGAAGGCGGCUCAUGAGAAGGAGAUUGCUGCCGUGAAAGAGGAGAUUUCCUCCAAGGCGGCCGCUGAGGUUGCGGCUGUUCGGGAUGAGCUGAUCGUUGUCCGGAAAGAGCUGGAGGCUACGCGUCUCGACGCUGAAGUUCGCCAGAAGACGGCCGAGGCGGACUACAAGGACAUGCACGACAGCAUGACGCAGUUGGUGGAGGAGGCGCAGCAAAAGGCCGGUGAGAUGGAGGCGCGCUGGAAGGAUGCCGAGAAGCGGAUCGCGGAGUUGACGGCGCAGUUGAAGGUGCGGGAAGCUGAGUUAGCUGAGGCGAGGGAGCACGUGGAUAAGCUUGCCGCUAUCAAGGCCAACGCCAACGAUGUUGACGCCGAAAAAAUCAAGUCCUCGCCGGAAGGUGAGCCCUCAACAACAGCAGCAGACUCAAAGUCCAAUGAGCCCGACGGCUCGUCGGCCGCGUUAGCUUCGAUGGCUAAGAUCCAGCAAUCCAUUGGUCAGCUCAAUGAGCUGUCCGACGAGAUGGGCGAGCAGAAUCGCAAGAUGCUGAAGGAGAUUACCGAGUUUAAGGAGGCUGCUACUGCGGGUGCUGCGGGGGAGCAGGGCCAGCAGUAG